AUGGAUUCGAAAUUGGUUUUCUAUGUGCUGAUUUACUGGAUUACUUACGGGGAGUGCUUGCUGACAAACAUAUCGCGUCACUACCAAGAGUUGCCGUCAAUAAACGAGGGCGAGCCGUGCGUGAAGGGGAACAUGUACAAGAUGUCCUGCAACACCUGCCACUGUUCUGACAACAAUGUCCUCUACUGCACAAAAAUGGCGUGCCUGGACGACGAGGACAUGAUCCGUUUGAAGAGGUUGCAGAGGCAGAACUUAAGAGGCCAGAGGAGGGAGGGGUCUGAGAGGUCGAAUAAAGAGGACGAAACAUAUUUGCCUAUUCUUCCCGAAGGGCCAUGCGUCCCGGGGAGAAUCUAUCGGCAGGGGUGUCAGAUGUGCUAUUGUGAUGAGAAGGGGAAGUCUGCAUGCAGCGCGUCGAGUACGACAGGUUGUAAGGAGUACCCAAAACCUGAGGACGUGGUGUCCCCUAUCGUGGUAAGUCCGCAAAUCUCGAAUGAAGAGUUCUGGCGGUACCCGAUCCUUCCGCACUCGGCCGCCCCCUGUGAAUCGGGCAAGAUGUACAUGGUGACAUGCAACGCGUGCCUUUGCCUCGACAACGGCAACCUGCUCUGCGAGAAGCUGCUCUGCCUCGACCAGGAGGAAGUAAAUCACUCGAACGCGAAGAAGUGGUCGGGGACAUCAUGCAAGGCGGAGGACCCCAGUAUGUCCACGCGUUGCGUGCGAUGUGAAUGCUUGAACAGCGUCACCCAGUGUCAUGCCGUGCCAGGAUGCGUCGCGCCCAAAGUGCUGAAACUCCACGGUGACUCCAAAACGCGGCUCAGCUUAAACCCCAAGAAGGAAAAGUGUGAACCCGGGACAGGAUACAAAGUCGACUGCAACCAUUGCUUCUGCCAAGAAGAUCGGUCGCUACGAUGUACGCAGAAGAACUGCCUCAACUAUCGACAGGUCCAAAUGCUGAAAAAGAAACGAUUGUACCUGGAGAAACAUGGUCUC